UAAACUGUCGCAAUCUACAGUCGUAGUGGCAACAAUCGCCAUGACAACAAGCAACAACACAACACGUGAAGCAGCAAUGGCGACCGCCAGUGAAGAGCGAGCAGCAGCGGAUGUAUUAAAAUCUCUGGCUCGCCAUUUGAACUGUUUAAACGAGGACAACAAAAUCGCGAGAAAACGAGCUCUAGAAGCGGUGAAGAGAGAAACCGUCGAGCAGCGCUUGUCCGGCGGCGCGCUGCAGGAGCUUUUCGCCGGUUUGCUGAAGGCGCUGCUGAAAUGUCUGUCAGAUCCUGCGGAGACGUGCAGGGACGCGGCGAUUCAGAUCCUCGCGGGCUUUAUCAGAGCUGUCCCCAGACCAGAAGACUCUCUGCCCUACCUCAUGCCCGCGCUGGCGCAGAGGCUCGGGGGGAAGGAGAUCCUGGAGCCGGCGGAGGAGCUCAGGCUGGCUCUGAUGGAGACGCUGUCUCUGGUGCUGGAGGUGUGCGGCAAGCAGCUGGCACCCUACCUGGAAGACAUGAUCAAGAUCCUGCAGAGAACCAUCCCAGAUCCCUUUCCUGAAGUCAAGAAAGAGAGCUGUAAAUGUGUCAUCAGUGUAGCUCAGAGUAUUCCUGAUCAUUUCCACCUGCAGGCUCAGAGUCUUCUGAAGCCGCUGCUGCAGACGAUUUCUCACCAGCAUUCCCAAGUGAGAGUUUCUGUCACACAGGCCACUGGCGCAGUCAUUCAGCACAGCACAGGCAAGAACGUAGAUGACGUUCUGUCCCACUUGGCACAGAGAUUGUUUGACGACUCUCCACGGGUGAGGAAAGCUGUUACUAUAGUCGUGGGUGAUUGGCUUCUCCGUCUGCCGGACCGAUAUUCCUACUUCCACAAGCUCAUCCCGCUGCUUCUGAGCAGCCUCAGCGAUGAGAUCCCUGAAAUCAGGACCCUUGCUGAGGACUUAUGGAAAAAAGUCGGAUCUCAAUGGGAGAAGGAAAAUGAAGAUGAUCUGAAGGACAAGAUGGACUUUCGGUUGCCUGCUCCUGCCCUCUACACAUCUGGAGUCGAGCGUCCCGGGCUGGGCUGCAGGGAGCUGGUGGUGAGGAAUCUGUCAAAGCUGCUUCCUGCUGUGGGGCGGGACAUUGGUGACUGGUUAGUGCAGACGCGAGUGAAGACGGCCCAGCUGCUGCGGGUUCUGCUGCUGCAUGCUGAAGAUCACUGUACACAACACCUCCAGUCACUGCUCACAGUGCUGUACCACGCCUGCGCAGACCCCGAGACUGACGUCAGAGCACAGUGUUUGGAGUCAGCAAAGCUCUUGGGAGCGUUUGUCAGUGCAGAGGUUUAUCUCAAGUUGCUCCUGCCUCACGUUGAAGACUUCACUUCCUGCUCGUCUGCUUCUCCCUGGGCUCCUCUCAUGGUUCUGGGGUCCGUAUUAAGAGGGAGUUCGAGGGAGGUGUUAGAACCCCACCUGAUAAAAAUUGGAGACACUCUUUCACACCCUGAAGUCUGUCAGGGGUCCCAACAGGCGCUGUAUCUGGAUCAGUUGUUGGUGUGUGUGGACGCUGUGCUGUGUGUGUGUCAGGUGGACUGUGCUGUCAUCAGUCUGCAGCUGCUGAAGGUCCUGGUGUCAGUUCAGAGUCUUGCCUCACAGCAGGAACAAUGCAGCAAGGUAGAACACACACACGAAUGAUACAUGUAUGUGAUGUGUUUUUUUGUGUGUGAGGGUCUCAGUGGAGCGUGUGAGCUGUACCGGCAGCACAUGGCAGAUCUGCUGCAGUGGCUGUCUGACUCACAUCACACCUGGACCAGUUACUCCAUUCAGAAAACACAGCUGGAGAUCAUCGCCAUGCAGUCCGGUCCAGUGGUGGGAGAGUUUCUUCCAGCCCUCUUGCCUCUGUUGAAGAGUUGCCUUGAACCCAGUCGAGACCCUGAGAUGAGACUUCACAUCUUCACCAUGCUGUCCAAACUACUGCUGGACGCCAGCAACACGCUGGACUCACAGGGGGGGUUUGCUGAAUACAUGGAGAUGGUCCUGCAGGAUUUGUUGCUGCCUAAUCUGGUGUGGCGUUCGGGUCGAUCUGCGGCGGCUGUCAGGACCGCUGCUCUCAGCUGUCUGUUAGCUGUCCUGCAUGGGGAGGCUUUCCCAGCGGAGCGAGUUCUGUCGGUGGAGGAGACUCUCAGCACUCAGCUGAUCUCUGCGCUGGAGGAAGACUCUAAACUGGCUCGUCUUCUGGCCUGCAGAUCUCUUCACUCACUGCUGAAACUCACAACACAGCGGCUCAACACGGACUCACUCAACAAGAUCUAUCCAGAGCUGCUGAAGCGUGUGGACGACAGCAGUGAAGACGUCCGUGUCGAAGCGCUGAAGUCUCUGAGCACGUGGUUUUCAUCUCUGGGGAAGAACUAUGACACUCAGUCGUGCCGCCCACACCUGGAGUUCCUGUUCCAGCAGCUGCUGCUCUACAUGGAUGACCCCGACACCAAAAUCCAGGAUUUAGUCCUCGAGGUUCUGAAAGAGGCCAGUGAGGUUGAUCGAGGUCUCUUACAGCAGCAAACGGAGGCCGUGAGAGAGAAACAGCGCAGCCCUGAGUACUGCGAUAAACUCCUUCAGCACAUGCACUCUUUAUGAGACGCUCUUCCUCUCAGCAAUACACAGAGUGAACUUGAACUUGAACUUGAAACGGUUUCUUUACUGUGUUUUAUGCAGAUGUGAACAGACAAAUUCACAAAAUUUGUGAAUGGAUAAUCUCACUGAACUAAAGGGUUUUUUUGCCUCAAGUUCCCUUUUCAUUAUUGAAGUUUUAUUAUAUUAAAUAAUAUGUAAUUCAAAAUAUAGGUUCUUAACCAUCAACUCAAAGGCAGCACAGAAGAACUUUCUUUGCUUGGUUAUUUUGUUAAUAUUGUGUGUUUUGUAUUGAAUGACUUCACAUAUGACCAUAUUGUUCAUGAAAACAUUCACGAAAGUUGUUUUACAGAUUCAAAAAUGAAUUUUCUUUAAAGUAAUUGUUUGAAAUGUGCCUUUCUAUUUGAAACUGGUAUCUUUAUUCACUGAAUUCACUUUUUUUUUUAUUCAAUAAACUUGUUUAAUUUAC